UAAUACUCUCACACCCUUGUUGGCAACGCGGCUAAAGCGUCAGAAACAUGUUUGCCAUCAAAAGUGGUCUUCGCCUCUGCCCCAAGCUGUCCAUCCCCGCGCUGCUGAGGCGAGGAUGUGCCGGCGCUGCUAUCCCGGUGGACGAUGUGGUGAAUGGACUCACGGACGAGCAGACUCAGCUCAGGGAAACGGUUCGCAGAUUCUGUGCAGAAAAACUAGCGCCACAUGCUGACGAGAUAGACAAGCAGAAUGACUUUGCAGGAAUGCGGGAAUUCUGGAAAGAUAUGGGUGAGAUGGGACUGCUUGGCAUUACUGCGCCAGUGGAGAUCGGCGGCACGGGAUUGGGCUACCUCGAUCACGUCAUCGUUAUGGAGGAAAUCUCUCGGGUGUCAGCGGCCAUCGCUCUCAGCUAUGGUGCCCACUCCAACCUGUGCGUCAACCAGAUGGUGCGACACGCCAAUGAGAAACAGAAAGAGAAGUACAUGCCUAAGUUAAUGACUGGAGAGCACGUGGGUGCCUUGGCCAUGAGUGAAAACAAUUCCGGCUCCGAUGUUGUGUCCAUGAAACUGAAGGCCAAGAAGAAAGGUGAUUACUAUAUUCUCAAUGGCAACAAGUUCUGGAUUACAAACGGACCGGAUGCCGAUGUCCUGAUUGUGUAUGCCAAGACUAACCCAGAGGCAUAUCAAAAAGGCAUUACAGCUUUCAUUGUUGAGAAGGGGAUGCCGGGUUUCUCUACAGCCCAGAAGCUGGACAAACUGGGCAUGAGGGGGUCAAAUACUUGUGAGCUGAUCUUUGAGGACUGCAAAAUCCCUGAGGAGAACAUCUUGGGUCCAUUGAACAAGGGCGUUUACGUGAUGAUGAGCGGUUUAGAUCUGGAGAGGCUGGUUCUCGCAUCUGGACCUGUUGGCAUCAUGCAGGCAGUUUUGGACUUCGCUGUCCCCUAUCUACACGUCAGAGAAGCUUUUGGACAGAAGAUCGGACAAUUCCAGCUGAUGCAAGGCAAGAUGGCUGACAUGUACACCAGGCUGAGCUCAUGUAGGCAAUAUUUGUACAACGUGGCCCGGGCCUGCGACAGAGGACACUUCAGCGCCAUGGACUGCGCUGGAGUGAUACUAUACUGUGCUGAGAACGCCACCCAGGUUGCGUUGGACGGCAUUCAGUGUUUGGGCGGUAACGGCUACAUCAACGACUACCCCAUGGGCCGCUUUCUGCGGGACGCAAAGCUGUACGAGAUCGGCGCAGGCACCAGCGAAAUCCGCCGCCUUAUCAUCGGACGAUCCUUCAACGCCAUGUACAAAUAGGAACGCCUCCUCACAUCCCUUCUGCCUUAACGUGUUUGACUCAUUGCUGACUCAUCAUGUUCAUGUACAGUUAUUACAUUAUGCAGUGUAAACAUCCCUAGUCAGAAAAAUACAAUGUUAGUCAUUUCCAUAUCAGCAUUUACUGCUAUUACCAAAAUGGUGAGAUGUUUCUGUUAAAUUACAUUUAUGCAUUAAAAAUGAAUUGGCACUUUUUUAACACUCCAUUUUCCAAAAUCCCAGCUAGUAUUUUCUAUUGUUGAGAAAUAGUUCUUCCUAAUUCAUUCGUAUGAGAAUAACACUGAGGAUAUUUUCUUUUGGAAAUCAAACCCAGAACGGCCAAUAUUGCAUUCAUCGCCAAACUUAGCCGUUGACGAUUGUACUUUGUUGAUCAGUUCUACCGUGCAUGCAAACUGAAACAGAACACUUGUUAGACUUCUUUUAGUAGGAAAUUACUUUUAUGAGUGUUUUCUCUUGUUUCAAUCAAACUCAUCGUGUUAAUGUCUUUCUGGAUGCAUUAUAAAUAUGUAGAUGUACUAUUAUGUAUGAAAUGUUUGAUGUUUGUUUGCUGUAAAAUAAAAUUAGUUUCUAACGCUUUGUGUUAUAAAUGUACAACACAAAGCGUUAUAAUAUAUAACAUACAGUAGUUGUAUAUACUGUGUAUUGUUAGUUUUUUUUAACAGUUAUGUAAACACUAUAAUAAAUCAAAUAUACAUUUUUAGACCUACAUGGUAUUAGUUACUCCCUUUUUAAAAGCACAAUAUUUUGAACAGCGGUCACAUUAGCCAGGGCUCCAUUCCAUUUAAGUGCAUUAAAAAGCCAUAACACUAAGAGACUUGCACCCUAAGUGGAAUGCAUCCAUGAAUAAUGGAACUCUUGGUGUUUUUUCCUGCUUAAACAAUAAUCACACAUGUUGCAAUGAUGAAAGACAGGGGAAACUGACGUGUCACACAACACAUUCCCUAAUCAUUAAAUGACAUGCAGCAGAUGGUUCCUUCUAUUUUGGUGGCAAUUUUACCUUCACAUGACAAAAACAACUUUCAUAAUAUUGUAAAAGAAGUUAAACAAUACAGGAUUGCAGUCUAUUUGUGGAGGUGGUGUGUCGCGUGAUGACACAUUUGCAAAAAGUGAGUAAAAAACAUAAAAAGCAAAACGAAUACAAUUAAAACUACAAAUGAACUUUGUUCUGUUGCUUCUUUUUGGUCAUUUUUUAAUGUCACAAACAAGACCUGCAAGUGCUUUUAGAUGGGGGAGGGGACAACAGCAGCACCCAGUGCUCAUAAAGAAGAGCAAUACAUGCUUUCAUGUCCGUCUCCAAAAGACUUGUUGCAAGCCAGUUUAUUUUUCAUUUUAAGUAUAAUGGUUUUAAUUAUUUGCUAAAUAUAGCAACAACGUUUCUAAGCUGGCUACGCUAAUUAUCCCUUACGCAUUCUCUGGCAGACCGGGUGUGUUAUAAUGUGUUUAUGAGCAUUAAUGUCACAGGUGUCAAACUCAA